AUGGCUGUUCCCCGCGACCCAGCAUUCUGGAAACGCUUCUCCACAGCCGUACACAUGGACGAAGAAGCAGCUCAAAGUCCCGAUUUCAAACAAAUACAUCAAGAUUCCUGGCUCGCACGACAACAACGCAAAUCCUCUCGACGGACAUGGGUCUGUUAUGGAUUCUGGAUUAGUUUUAUGAUCAUUGUGGCUGCAGUCGUCAUUGUCAUUAUUUGGUUACUCAAUAAUGGAUACUUUGCUGCUGGGGGCAGCAGUUCGAAUGGAAGUGAUGCUGGGAACUGA